CUUUACCUAUCCUAUUCCCUUGUCUACUCCAAGUUCUUGGCUUGGCUUCCGCAUUUCGACUCAAUCGAUAUAUCUUCGUCACAUCCUCAGCUACUUCAGUCUCACUAUAAACUAAUAAUCCGAUGGUCGGCUUGGUCGAUCCGAAUCCUCCAAAGCACCAACCUGAGAGGCCGCAACAACAGAAAUGGUGGAUAGACGCUUUUAUGAGCCCAAUACAGGUUAAGCGUCCUGCACAAGGGAAAUACUCGCCUAAAGUAGACGAACGCUGCCUCACCUGGUGCUCUCAGACAGUACGUGGACGGAACGAGGGUCAAGAUCCGUGGUGUCGAUCUGUCUGCAUUCGCCGAGUCUUCGAGCAUGAAGUUAGACAGAUCACAUCGCAUUUCUCACAUGAUGCGGCACACCACUCACGCACAUCCACUGGAAAGGGUCCUUUACUGAAAUACCCGUUGCCACCAGAAGGCCAGAGAGGUCUAUUCGGAGACGACACAGAACACGACGGCGGAAUGGGAAUGGGGAAAGAAAGGGACGAGAAAUACUGGGAAGAGGGUUGGUAUGUGUGGAUGACGAAGAGUCGAUGGGCAGCGCAGGAGAAGAUGGAUCUGAUGAUGCUUGAUUUAGAGAAACAAGCGGAGUGGGUGCGAAUGAAGGAACAGGAAGAACGAGCUUGGGCUGAGAGUGAGGCUCAGAUGCGCGAACGGGAAGGCCACGAACCGACUGCUGUGGUGCCUGAAGGACUGGAACAUGACGGUCAACUCGCUCCAUUACGACAUCCAUACCCCAAUACUGCAGAGGAAUCAUUCCUUAUGCGAAUACCAACCCGUUUCCCCGUUGGACAGUACGCACAGCAAACCCUUUCCCCAACCUGGAAAGUCCUUAGUGUCGUUCGCGAGAGCUUCGAGAACGGCCAUCAGAAGGAACUUGCAAUUCGUACAUGGGGAAUGGUUCGGGACGGUACACCGUUCACGCUUGUGAGGAAUGUAUUCAAGACGUUCGUGGAUAGUAUUAAGAAGGGCCCAAAGGAUGAAGAUCCGUAAUACUGCAAUAACACCACUCGGCAGACAUAUACUGUAGCUUUAGACUAUUCUAUUAGUUUUCGUUUUCGGUCAUCGGAAAGCACUGACUGUUCCUGUUGCUCAGAUCGUAUUAAUGUUAAUCGAGUAU